GCUCGGUAUAUAUUGACAUCAGCCCGAAGUGGGGAUUAGGCAGCUCAGCGGCAUUGCUGGAUUGAGUAACUCCUCAAACUACCCUUUCGUGUAGUAAAACCCUACUGCACAUACAUACCCUGUCCUGUAUUUACCUAGACUCUGUCUGUUCCCUUCAUUCUCCUCUAUUGUUUUUUUCUUCUCUACUCGCCAUAUUACAAUUCCAUCAACAAUUAAAGAGGUUUAAAUAACUACCACCAGAUAAACCCUCCAUCGAUUCCCCUCAAAACACAUCACCUUGCCCCUCCAAAAAAAACCACUACCAUGUCGUCCAAACCACAAAUUGGCUUCUGCGGCCUAGGAGCCAUGGGCAUUGGCAUGGCCACGCACCUCGUCAAGCAAGGUUACCCCGUCACCGGCUUCGACGUCUACCCGCCCUCGCUCGAGAAAUUCGCAAAAGCCGGCGGCACACCCUCGAGCUCCCUCUCCGCCUCCGCAAAAGACAAGCCCUUCUACAUCGUCAUGGUCGCCUCGGCCGCACAAGCCCAACCAGCGCUCUUCGACGCCGACGGCAUCGUGAAUGCGCUUCCCCAAGGCGCAACGCUGCUGCUGUGCUCCACAGUCCCCAGUGCGUACGCGCAGGCGGUCGAGAAGGAGCUUGUGGAGAUUGGGCGGUCGGAUAUCGCGUUCAUCGAUGCACCGGUGUCUGGGGGUGCGAUUAGAGCGGCAGAUGGCACACUGUCGAUCAUGGCGGGUGCGUCUGCAGCGUCGUUUGAGAAGGGCCAGUUUCUACUAGAGGAAAUGAGUGCGCCGUCUAAACUCUUCAUUGUGAAUGGAGGCGUUGGCGCGGGAAGUAAUAUGAAGAUGGUGCAUCAGGUGCUUGCUGCGAUCCAGAUUCUGUCGCUUAACGAGGCGUAUGGGUUUGCUGCGCGGAUGGGUAUCAAUGGUCAGGAUUUGUACGAUGAGGUUGUUGGCAAGAAGGAUGCGAAGGCGUGGAGUUGGAUGUUCGAGAAUAGGAGUCAGAGGACGUUGAAGGAGGAUUAUUUCCCCGGGGCGAGUGCUGUGACCAUCAUUCUCAAGGAUACGGGCAUCAUCACCUCCUCAGCGCGCGCCGCAGCAUUCCCAACAACCCUCUGCUCCGUCGCAGAACAAGUCUAUUUCUCCGCCCUCGACCGCGGCUGGGGCGCAAACGACGACGCGGGUCUCGUUCGUCUCUGGACGUCGGACCCCGUCACUUCCAUCCAAUCCACCCUUUCUCCCGAGGAGAAAGCCCAAAAACUGGAACACGCAGUGAAUCUCCUUACAGGCAUCCAUCUCGUUGCCGCAACAGAGGCUAUUUCCCUCGCCAAACACGUCGGUAUCCCGCUACCACAGUUUUACACUCUCGUGUGUGAUGCCGCGGGUGGCAGCACAAUGUUCAAGGAAGCAGGCCAGAAGAUGAUUGAGAUUCUAGAGGGCAAGGAGGAUGGCAGUGGAAGCGUACUAGGAGGUUAUGUGGAGACCUUGAAGUUGGCAGUUGAGGAGGCGCAGAGUAUCAAGUGCCCUGUGUAUCUUGGUUCUGCGGCGCUGAACAAAUUACUGGAGAGUGGGAAGGAAUUAAGUUUGAAAGGGCUGUUAGCGUGUUACUUGAAGUAGAGGGGAGUUUGAUGACGUUGUGAAGUUUUUCUUCAGAGAAUAGAGGAAUCAAUUGUAUUUUUUUUUUUGGAACAUGUGAUUUUAGAUAAAGACGGG